AUGAUUGCACGUCUUAACAAUGACAAUGAACAGUAUAAAUGCGGCAGGUGUCAGAAGAUUAAUUGCGAAAAGUACAGUUGGAUUCGGAAUAAUCUUUUCGAAGAAUUGGCUCAGAACUUGAGUUUUCCUUGUUCCUAUCCUCCAUGCACGGAAAUAUUACCGUGGUGGCAUAAUGUAAAGGAACAUGAAGGAUCGUGUCGUUACAAGACUGUACAGUGCCCCUUAUCCGACGACUGUACAUGUUUCGAUGGGAUAUUAGUAGAUCAUCUUGAAGAACAUCUUACCGAUAAACACAAGGCGAAUAUAAAAGAAGUCAACACAGCAUAUGGUUGGAAGAUCUGUAAUAAUUACGACUAUAUAUAUUUUGUGAAAGUAGACGAUCAGUACUUUUUUUUUUACAUUAAGAAAUGGGAUAGAAUAGCUGUUUUGAGUACUAGACUCAGCAGAUACUCUAAGUUCAACGUCAAGCUGAAACUCGAACAAGACGAUAUUUUUGCUUUUUCUUUCGAGAAUCUACUAGUGAUUCCAUACAACAAUAACAUAAACAAUAUUGAUAUAAAUGAUUUCUGCAACAAGCUUAACAAUAAACUAACCAAUGCCUUUGAUAGUUAUUAUGAUACAUGGAUCUGGUUGUACCUAACAUUCAUAACUGAUCCAGAUCAAGAAGAUUAUCGACAGUCAAAUGUGGAGGUCAUCAGGAAAGCGCUAAUGUGUCCGUACUGCGUGACCUACAUGGUAGCUCCAAUUUUUUCGUGUGUCAGUGGCCACACCAUUUGCAAGGAGUGUAAAUCGAAAAUGGAGAAAUGCCCUACGUGUCAGGCAUCUCUUGAUGGACCAAGAAUUUACACUCUGGAGGAGGCGGCCGACGAUGUGAAAAUACCUUGCCAGUUCAACAUUAAUGGUUGUCCGGUGGUAGGCAAUAUCUCCAGAUUGAAUACUCAUGAACCGGAGUGCUCAUUCACUCAAAGUAUUUAGCAUAGAUUCGUCAAAUAUAUAUUUUGGCAUAACAAAAUUAAAAUUAAUCACAUAUUAUUUAUCAUAAUGAUUUA